UUUCUCUUUUCAAAACAUUCCCUUGGUUAAGAGCGAAGGAGGCUUUGAAAAGUAAACACUGAUAAGGGAGGGUAAGAUGAGAGAUAAAUAUAUCAUAUAUUGCAAGCAACGGCCUCCGGGCUCCGCUGCUGGCUUGACUUUGAUCCGAUUAUAAGCCGGGGGAGGCUUUUUCAGCUCAUAAAAAGGGCUGAAAAACUUGGCUUAGCUUCGAGUAUAUACGGUAUAUACAGUGAUAGUGUGAGAACAAAAUUGUUUAUAGGAACAUGUGCCAUCCAGUAGUUGCCAUCUGCUCACCCACAGAAAGCCAUAUUUAAUCAUCUAGAGCUGAUGUGGUCUAUCCAAUGCAAUGGUCAGCUCUGCGGAAAGGAGCGGAAAUAAAACUAAUAAAAUAAAUAAAUAAAGAGGAAGGAGGUUCGCAGACUGGAUUUUCACUGUUUUCGAAGGCUUUCGUGGCCGGAAUCACAAGAUUGUUGUGUGUUUUCCAGGCUGUAUGGCCAUGUUCCAGAAGCAUUCUCUCCUGACGUCUCGCCCACAUCUAUGGCAGGCAUCCUCAGAGGUUGUGAGGUAUAUUGGAAAAGGUUUAUAUAUCUGUGGAAGGUCCAGGGUGGGAGAAGGGACUCUUGUUUGUUGGAGGGAGAUCACAGGUUGGAAACCACUGGUGUAGAACCUUGUCCUAUUUUGCAGCAAGGGUUGAAUUUGAUUUUCUGACAAGGAAGAAGAACUUGAUAUUUGGCAACCUCUAGCAUUGGGAAGGAGGGAGACUUUGGUUUUGAGAAGAUUCACCUUUAUGAAACUUGGUGACCUAAGCUUGUAAAGAGAAUCCAAGGGCAGCUUGGCUUGUUGUCCUCCUGAGUUGUCAUGGAAAAGAGAUGGAUCCUGGGGCGAAGAGCAAGUAGCCUAUGUUAGGCUUAAAUGUCAGCCAGGGAGACCGGUGACAUCACAAUGUGGCCUCCUGCUGCUGACCUAGCUGAGCUGUUAUGCCAGAACGAUAAGUCCACUCAAGAAAGCCGGCUCCUGGGUCCCUCCACAAGACAGAUCAUGAAGACCCACAGUCAGAGCAUUGCUAUCAAUUGCUGGCUGACCAGGGCUAGCGAGGUGAAAGCCACACUCAUUCUGGUUCUAUGGCCGCUGUGCGGGAAUGGUCCUGUACCCGCUGCACGUUCCUGAACCCCGUGGGACAGCGCCAGUGCUCCAUCUGCGAGGCCCCUCGCCAGAAGCCCGACCUCAACCACAUCCUGCGCCUCAGCGUGGAGGAACAGAAAUGGGCCUGCGCCCGCUGCACUUUCCGGAACUUUUUGGGCAAAGAAGCCUGUGAGGUGUGUGGCUUCACCCCAGAGCCGGGCCCGGGAGGCUCCCCGCUGCCGAUCAUCAACGGAGUUCUGCCCAAGCCGGCCGCUUUGGUCGAGCCCAAGGGGACCGGCAAGGAGGAGGCGGCCAAGGCUGAGAGUUCCGGGGAGGAGUCGGGCGGGAAGAGCCCCGAGGAGGCCACGAUGGAGGAGGAGGAGGAGGAGGAGGAGGAGGAGGGCUGGGCCUGCCAGCGCUGCACCCUCCACAACACCCCCGUGGCCCACUCCUGCUCUGCAUGUGGGGGGCCCCGGAAGCUCUCGCUGCCCAAGAUCCCGCCAGAGGCGCUGGUCGUCCCUGAAGUCAUUGCGCCCGCUGGAUUCCACGUUGCUCCCACCGCCCCGCAACCUGGUGCCGUUAUUACGGAGACCCCCGAGAGCCACCCGGUUGCCAACCAGGGCACGGUCAGCAUGGAGCAAGAGAGCCAGAAGAUGCCAAGCUUUAGCCUUUUCUCCCCGGGCCUCCAAAACAACCCGGUUCCUCGCAGCCGCCGAGAGGUGCCCCCCCAGCUGCAGCCGCUGGUGCCUGACGCCUCCCAGCCAGCCUCCCCGCCCGCCCCGGUGCAGAAGGCCGUCCGCUUCCAGGAGCUAAUGGCCACCAAGCGGUUGAGUGCGCUGGAGGAGGAGAUGGAGGUGAGCCCACCGCCCUGGAAGUGCAGCGCCUGCUCCCUGCUCAACGCCUCGGGUGCCGGGCUGUGCGAGGCCUGCAGCACCCAGAAGGGCAGCGACACCAUCGACCUGACGGGCGACUCGGUGCGCUUCACCCCCUGCGGCCCCUCCAGCCCCGACUUCACCACCUGGUCCUGUUCCAAGUGCACGCUGAAGAACCCCACCGCCUCCCAGAAGUGCAAGGCCUGCGGCUCCUCCAAGUUGCACGGCUUCCAGGAACAUGGUGCCGUCCCGGGCGAGCUGGCUGCGAAGUGCCCCGAGUGCGGCUCGGACAAGGGCCCGUCCUGCGUGGCCUGCGCCUCCAAAGCCCCCUCGGUGCGCAAAGUGGCCCGCCUCUUCCCCCUGCAGCCUCCGGCCACUCCGGAACGGCCGGCCCAGUGGCCCUGCCCGGCCUGCACCCUGCUCAAUGAGCUCAAGGCCAAGCACUGCGUGGCCUGCCACACCCCGCAGGGAUACUUGGCGCAGCGCAAGGGUGCCAAGCCGCUCCGGCGGCGCGAGAGCAUGCAUGCAGAGAAGCGGCGGCAGACGGACGAAGGGGAGGCCAAAGCCCUCUGGGAAAACAUUGUCUCUUUCUGUCAAGAGAACAAGGUUAACUUUGUGGACGACAGUUUCCCUCCCGGACCCAAGUCGGUGGGCUUCCCAGAGGGGGACAGCGUCCAGCAGCGAGUGAAGCAGUGGCUGCGGCCGCAAGAGAUCAACUGCAGCAUCUUCAAGGACCGUUCGGUCAAGUGGUCGGUGUUCCGGACCCCGAGGCCCUCAGACAUCUUGCAGGGACUGCUGGGGAAUUGCUGGUUCCUGAGCGCUCUGGCUGUGCUGGCGGAGCGGCCAGAAUUGGUGGAGCGGGUCAUGAUCACGCGGACGAUUUGCCCUGAGGGGGCUUACCAGGUGCGGCUUUGCAAGGAUGGCACCUGGACCACUGUGUUGGUGGACGACAUGCUGCCCUGCGAUGAGUUUGGCUACCUCCUCUUCUCUCAGGCUCAGAGGAAGCAGCUGUGGGUGGCCCUGAUCGAGAAAGCCCUGGCCAAGCUCCACGGCUCGUACUUUGCCCUCCAAGCGGGGCGCGCCAUCGAAGGCCUGGCCACGCUCACGGGCGCCCCGUGCGAGAGCCUGAUGCUGCAGGUCAGCUCCACUAACCCUCGCGAGGAGCCUAUUGACACUGACCUCAUCUGGGCCAAAAUGCUGAGUUCUAAGGAGGCUGGUUUUCUAAUGGGCGCAUCAUGCGGAGGAGGCAACAUGAAGGUAGACGAUGCUGCCUAUGAAAGCAUGGGCCUCCGACCAAGGCAUGCAUACUCCAUAUUGGAUGUACGAGAUGUGCAAGGGUGCAGGCUGCUCCGGCUCCGUAACCCAUGGGGCCGCUUCUCUUGGAACGGCAGCUGGUCCGACGAGUGGUCCCACUGGCCGACAGCCUUGCGCCACGAGCUGAUGCCCCACGGGAGCAGCGAGGGGGUCUUUUGGAUGGAGUACAGCGACUUUAUCAGGUAUUUUGACUCCGUCGACAUCUGUAAGCUCCACUCAGACUGGCACGAGGUGCGUGUGCAAGGCACUUUCCCAAACAAGGCCAGCGGUCCCAUCACGGUGACCUCGCUGACGGUGCUGGAGCGCGCCACCUUGGAGUUUGCCCUCUUCCAGGAAGGCAGCAGGCGCUCAGACACCGUGGACAGCCACUUGCUGGACCUUUGCAUCAUGGUAUUUCGAGCCACUUUCAUCAAUGGCAGCAAGCUCAGCCUGGGCCGCCUGAUGGCACACAGCAAGCGGGCGGUCAAGAAGUUUGUGAACUGCGAUGUCAUGCUGGAACCAGGCGAGUAUGCUGUGGUGUGCUGUGCCUUCAACCACUGGACCGCAGCAGUGACCGGCAGCUCCUCCGGCCAAGUUUCCAGUCCUACCACUGGCAACGCGAGCCCAGCUGUGGAGGUUUCCAGCUACAUCUUGGCCAUCUACAGCUCCCGCUUGGUGAUGGUGGAGCAGAUCGAGGCCCAGUCGACCACUCUAGCCGACGCCAUCAUCCUUCUCACCGAGAACAAGGGCGAGAGGCACGAGGGGCGCGAAGGCAUGACCUGCUAUUACCUGACGCAUGGCUGGGCCGGCCUCAUCGUUGUGGUGGAGAACCGGCACCCCAAGUCCUACCUGCACGUUCAGUGCGACUGCACAGACAGCUUCAACGUCGUGUCAACACGGGGGAGCCUGAAGACCCAGGACAGCGUGCCACCACUACACAGGCAAGUGCUGGUGAUUCUGUCUCAGCUGGAAGGCAACGCCGGCUUCUCCAUCACCCACCGCCUGGCCCACCGCAAGGCCACCCAGGCGUUUCUGAACGACUGGAUGUCGACCAAGGGGACGCACAACCCGCCGCUCACCCCGGAGGUGGCCGGACUGCACGGGCCCCGGCCGCUAUGACAAACGGCCCCGCUGCCCGCCCCUCCGCUCUUCUGCUUCUGCCUUUUCUCCGGCCCCCUCUGCCUUGGGCAAUGCCCGGGACGCCACUACUGAGCCACUGUCGGGACGGACGGGGAGGGUGGGCGGGGAGGCCGAGCGACUUCGGCAAAGCGCCUUCCCUCCCGUCCCGUCCCGUCCUUUGGGGCCAAGCAGGGAGCUGCUCAGGUUCCCUCUCCCUUGCAGCCCCCUCCCCUCCCUCCCCAUACAGAUGAUGCACUUUAUCCAGAGCUGCUGUCCGGAUAGGAGAACAAGGGAAUCCUGCGGCCAGGAGGAGGAGGAGGAGAGGAGAAGAAAGGGCCUUGGCCGCCCUUGGCUCCUGGACUUGGCCCUUCCCACAGCCGCCAAAAACCCCGAGGCUGCAACAAUAUACCUCUGGCCAACGUGUCUGUCUUUGUGUCUCUGCCUCACCUCACCAUUACGUGUCCCAGAUGAAGGAAGGUGCCGCUGGGGAAAAGUGUAUGUCGAUAUGUGGUAGGCGGAGAGAUAUGCGCCUGGGAAGGACAGGGCGAGGAAAUUAAUUGGGGUAUGUAGCAAAUUAAUUGGGUGGCGUAGCAAAGCAUCAUACGUUUUGACCGUUCUUGCUGGGCAAGCUUUAGGGUGCAAGCCAUUUCUCAGCAGCCGGGGGGCGUGUAUGUGGUGGUGUAGCAAAGCGUCAUACGUUUUGGCAAGUCACAGGCAAGCUUUAGGGUGCAAGCCAUUUCGCAGCAGCCUGGGGCAGGGUUUGGGCUGGUCAUUUGUUGUUUCCUCUGUUGUUGUUAUUAUUAUUAUUUUGUACUCCUUAGUGAGGCAUGACCUGCCACUGUUGACUGUAUGGAACUGGGAAAUGAGCCUUUCUUUGCCUGCCUCCUUCACUUUAGUUCCUGUCCGCGCACCCCUCUAAAACAUCAGCAACAAAGCGCACAGCCCCAGCACUGUCCUGUGCCGGGACUCAAGCUUCUCACUGGACACCAUUUAUUUGCCUGCAGGUCUUUAGCGAAGAGGUGUGGAUGGAGAUGGGACCGUCAGGGCAGGGAUUGGGAGCGUGCGGAGAGGAGGAGUCUCCGCUGGGUCCUUUGAAAGGGCUAGAAGUGUGGCUUCACGGGCAACCCUUGCGCUGGUGUGGGCACACUUCCCAUGUCCCUUCCAGCCAUUUGCAGCCGGAAGGGAGAAUAGUCAGGACUCUGGAAGAAAACGGCCGACCUCCUCUUGGUGCCUUUGCUGCUUGGCGUAAUAGGGAAGCUCCAGGUGGCUGCAGUCUUGCCCAUAUGGCUCAAUCCAGGCCUCUUGAACCCAGAAUUCCUGACCAUUGAGCCAGCUGGGAACUGGCUGCAGGUUGUAACCUAGUUAAUCGACGGGGCCUUUUCGGUUCACCACCGCUCAGCUUUGCAAUUCGAACCUCAGCCUCCAACAAAGCAAAUGGUUUAAGUCACUAUAACUCUUAGAACUUUGCAAAGGGAUCUUGCAAAAGCUGUAGUCUAAACAGAGAAUGUUUCUAAGCUCUUGAGAGGUUUUGUGAAUUAAACCAAUAUUCAGAUUGGAUUUACACUGCCAUAUCAUCCACGAUAUGAAUUAUCUGCUUUGAACUGGACGAUAUGAAUUUUCACUGCCAUAUAAUCCAGUACAAAGCAGGAUUUUCUACGGCAGUGUAGAUAGGGUUGUUGUAUGUUUUCCGUACUGUAUGGCCAUGUUCCAGAAGUAUUCUCUCCUGAUGUUUCCUGGCUUAUCUCCUGGCUUUUCCUGCCUGGGGGCAUCCUUUGUUCAGAGUCGCUCAAAUUGUAAGUCGCUCGGAGCACUCUGGCGGAGAGCGAUUAAUUAAGAAAUAAAGUGAAGUGAAGAAGUGAAGAGUCGUUAGCUGCCCUGAUUAAUUCCUGUCUGCAAUUCUUCUGUUUUCAGAGUGUUGCUUCUUAUUUACUGUUCUGAUUUUUGAGGGGUUUUUUUAAUACUGGUAGCCAGAUUUUGUUCAUUUUCAAACUUCAGCAGAAAGGAGGAAACCAUGAAAAUGAACAAAACCUAGCUACCACUAUUCAAAAACCCAAAAAGCAGAACAGUAAAUAAGAAGCAACACUCUGAUAACAGAAGAGUUCCAGGGACGGCUAAUGACUCUGAACAAAGGAUGCCCCCAGGCAGGAAAAGCCAGGAGAGGAACCUUUCCGAUGCUAAUUAAGGUGAUUAACUGCAACAUUCACACUGGCUUCCGACUGACAAAGAGUUCCUCUCUCACCCUGGACUUUCCACAGAUAUAUAUUAACCUUCCUUGCUUAGUUUCUCCAUACCUCACAAUCUCUGAGGAUGCCUGCCAUAGAUGUGGGCGAAACGACAGGAGAGAAUGCUUCUGGAACAUGGCCAUACAGUCUGGAAAACAUACAACAACCCAGCGUAGAUAGGGCCAUGGUGGAGCCAUCUCCAACACGGGAGGCUGGUCUCUGGUCUCAUCUGAAGCUGCUGAACUCGCCCAUAUGUUCACAUUAAACAGAACCGAAUGAUAUAACAUAGGGAUGGGCACAGUCCGUGUUUUCCCCAGACCAGGACUGGGCACAAUGGGUAACGAUCUGGGGCACCGGAACUCGAUAACAGGGUAUCAGGAACAGGGUUUCUAAUCCGCCCCGUCAGCUCAGGCACAGGAAUAUCAGGGAUGGCCUCUUUGUGCCCACUUCAUGGGUUUGGGCGCCUGGAAAACGCAUUGCCGAUAGGACCUCCCCAAACCCAUAAUGUGUGCCCAAGCCAUGCAUCCAAGUAAAGCAGCCUUGGCACUCAUCGGGAAGGUGGCAUGUUCAAAACCCUGCCCACUCCAUGCGUAGUAUCCAAGGGGGAGUGGGAAAGUGGAAUUGGUAUUGGUAUUUGCACAAUGCUUUGAAGCUUCUCUCGGGGGACUAUGCCGGGGAGGUACUAUUGGCUGAACCUGCUUCCAGUCACUCAAAAUACACAGAAAUCUACGAAUACACGUAGAUAUAAAGUUUUCCUAUUACUAGCUAAUAUACAGAAUGAAACAAGGAUAACAAACUAAAUAUAAUCAUUGUUUUAUUCUGUAUAUUAGCUCGUAGUAGGACAACUUUAUAUCUACGUGAACCUGCUUCCAGGCCAGUUUGGAAAAGCACCCUUGGGCUCCCAACGCGCAACACGGAAAGGGCCUUUUCAGGACCACAUUUUUGCACUCCAUGUCCUAAUACCACUCCCACCACUGGCAUCCCUUGUGAUGGAAACUUCAGCUUUUUUUUUUUAAGCAAAGAAGAGGGAAGAAAUGAGCCCCAGAUUCCUGCCGACAAGGGGAUUCCGAGAGGUGUCCUCCAUAAAACUUGCUUUUCUUGGGCCUUGUAUUUUCAUGACGCUGCGGCAGACUAUAAUAGAGUCAACGGGUGAGCCUGGACAAAAGCACAGAGGUAUAGUAACUGCCCUUUCACUACUUUCAAGCCAUUUGCACUAAUUCUUUCCUACUGUCACUCCUGGGAAACGUAGUUUACUGGGAGGUUUGUGGCAGGGAACAAGUCGGGCCACUGUGACACUGGUGUCGACACUUGCUUUGGAGGAGCCGUUUCCCCAAAGGGUUGAAUCCAUUUUUGACGUCAGCCGUUGGAAUCGACCGAUUCCUGCAGCGCUUCGUUCCACAGGUUGUGCGGAAGUUGCUCGAGCGGUUGUGCCACGUAGACGUGUCCAAAAAAUGGUUUUGAAUCGUAUAUCGGAAUUAUUUCGGAUUGUUCUCGCUUUUUGAUACGCAUUCCGAGACAUUGUCUCACAGCGCAACCGGCAAUGUAAUUCGAACCAUUGUUGGCCCAUUCUCUAAUUGUCUCUUAAUGUUUCGUUAGUCCCCCCCAUUUUUUAAAAAUGUAUUUUAAUUUUUUUUUAAUUUUUUUUUUGUUUCUGCAACCUACCUAGAAUGGGAGCUUAGCGCAGCCUAACAUGGUUGCCGCUCCCUGGCCAAUCGGAAGCUUCCACGAUGGACGCAAAGAUGGGGGCUAGGGUUGAUGAGGAUAGCUCAAGAAAUGAGGGCGGGAGAGCCCUGUAAAAGUGUCCCCGGUUCCUUUUUUUUUUUUUUUUUUUUGGCGAUUGCGCAUGCGCGUCCGCCAUUUUAGAAACAUUUAGAAUCAUUACGAAUUUUUGGAAAUAUCUGAAAUUUUUGGGUGAAAAAAUCGGAAAUACUUUCCAUAUUGAAGCGCCAGAAACGAAAAUUGAAACAUUUUUUUCAUCGAUCGGACAUGCCUAGUGCCACGGCUGUGCCUCUGAGCCUUCACUGUGGACUGAAACCGGUUUGACUCUUGUCCAAACGGGAUUUGGGGCCAAUUGAUAGUGGUAUCAAAGCGAAAUGUGCAAUGCAAGCAUCCCCUCGGUCUGAUGCGUCUUGGUGUGGAAGGAAUGGUGUUGGGUCCACAAUCUCCUUGGCCGAGGGCUCAACUGGCAUCGCGAUGGGGCAGCCGUGCCAACUUCCCGUGCAAAUGCAACUUCCAUCACGUUUCCAUCCCAUGCCAUUUCGGCUAGUCAUGCAGUUGCGUGUCUCCUUGUUUCCGUUUGUCCCCAUCACCCCCAAACCCGUGUUCCAGUUUGGACUUCUUCUUUCUUUCUUUGCAUUCCUUUUUGAUCUGUCCAAAACGUCUCCUGUCUUUUCUCCCACUUUAUUAUUUUUCUUGUUGACGUUCAUUUUUGUCAUCCGGUGAAUCGUUCUCUUCCUGUGAAUAAUUUUUAACCGUGUAAAUAUUGUCCAGCUCUUAAGGAAAACAUAGGCUAUUUUAACAACUGUAAAUCGAAUCUGUAAUCGAGUCCCUGUAUAAAUAUGAAUUAUCCCAUGGGUGGUUUUCAAACUCAGGUUCCAAAGGACCAAAUAAUAAUAAAAGUUUUGUUUUGUA